CUGCUGCCGUCUCAGAGAUCAACCGCGAACACGCGCAAAGCUCUCUUUCUAUACUGGUAUCUGAGAUUUAACCCACUGGAUACCAGUAAUUCACACACAGUGUAGUUGGGUGACGAUUUGGCUGUGCUCAGCUUCUGCCAUAUACUCAUUCAUCAUGUACAAUACACGUCACUGUGUUUGCCAGUAAAGGAGAAACAUUAUAAGGAUAUCUGACAAAUUUUCUUGCUGAACAAGACAAUGUCUGACAAGACCAAGAACCAAACCUCAGACCUUCCUGAUGCACACAGAGAUAAAGAUUACUCUGAUGUAGUGAAAGAUGAGAUAAUAGAAGAUCUGGUUUUGACGUGUCAGGUCGGAGACCAAGAUGAGGAAACCAGUGACAGUAUCAGCUCCGAUGAAGAUAACACUGAUAUAGUGACAUUUGUCAUAACAGAAGAUCUAUGUGAGAGGCAACAGCUGGGAGCAAAAGAUGAGGAGACCAGAGACGACAUUAGACGAGAUGAAGAUAAAGCUGAUAUAGUGAAAGCUGAGAUAACAGAAGAUCUGUGUGUGAGGCAACAGCUGGGAGCAACAGAUGAGACCAGAGACAUCAUCAAACGAGAAGCAGAUAACGCUGAUGUAGUGAAGGUUGAGAUAACAGAAGAUCAGGUGAAGAUUGAGGAGGAUGAAGUUCCUAUAAAUACGGCUACAGGUGAAUUAAAAAACUGCAGUAAUCCUAGUCAUGGGGAAAGUACCGAUAUUUGUGUCAAUCUUCUUCAAAAUCAAAGAAGCCGUGUGGAAAAUGUAUGCUCUGAAUAUCGGGAAGGUUUUACCAGGAAAUCAAAUAUUUUAAGACCUCAGAAAAGUCAUACAGAGAAGAAAGCAUUGUCAUGUUCUGACUGUGGAAAAUGUUUUACUGAGGAAUCAAGUCUUAGUAGACAUCAGAAAAUUCAUUCACGACAGGAAGCAUUUUCAUGUUCUGACUGUGGUAAAUGUUUUACUGACAAAUCUAAACUUAAUAGACAUCAGAAAAUUCAUUCAGGAGAGAAAGCAUUUUUAUGUUCUAAUUGUGGGAAAGGUUUUACUGACAAAGGAAAUCUUAUUAAGCAUGAGAAAAUUCAUACAGGAGAGAAAGCAUUUUCGUGUUCUAAUUGUGGGAAAUGUUUUACUGAGAAAACAACUCUUACUAAGCAUCAGAAAAUUCAUACAGGAGAGAAAGCAUUUUUAUGUUCUGAAUGUGGGAAAUGUUUUGCUCAGAUGCCACAUCUGAUUUCGCAUCAGAUAACUCAUACAGGAGAGAAACCAUUUUCAUGUUCUGAAUGUGGAAAACGUUUUGCUCAGAAGCCACAUCUGAUUUCGCAUCAGAUAACUCAUACAGGAGAGAAACCUUUUUCAUGUUCUGAAUGUGGAAAAUGUUUUACUCAGAAAUCAACUCUUAAUAAGCAUAAGAAAAUUCAUACAGGGAAAAAAGGAUUUCUGUGUUCUCAAUGUGGGAAAUGUUAUUCUCUGAAAACAGAUCUUAAUAAUCAUGAGAAAACUCAUAUUAAAAGAAAUCUGGAAGAUCAGAGCAUGACUUCUUAAAGGGACAGUGUACUCUUAUAAUCCCCCCCCCCACUAAUGUUUUUCCAAUUAUCCAUUUUACCUACUUGAGUGUUUUAAAUUUUGUACAAAUAGCUUUUAUCCUUUUUCUUGUUUGAAAUAGCUGAUUUUGCCUAUUGUUUCCCCACCUAUACUAAACAUUUCUGAACUUAAAGGGACAGUCUAGUCAAAAUUAAACCUUCAUUAUUUAGAUAGGACGUAAUUUUAAUCAACUUUCCAAUUUACUUUUAUCAUCAAAUUUGCUUUUUUCUCUUAGUAUUCUUAGUUGAAACUAAACCUAGGCAAACUUAUAUGCUAAUUUCUAAACCCUUGAGGGCCGCCUCAUAUCACAGGCUUUUUAAAUUCCUUUUCAACACAGAGACUAAAAGUACACGUGGGCCAUAUAGAUAACACUGUGUACAGGCACAGGGAGUUAUUUAAGAUUUAGCCCAAAACAAUGCUAACUGCAAGACAAUAGAUAAUAAACAGUCAGUCAUGUGAUCAGGGGGCUGGAAGAAGGUUCUUAGAUACAAGGUAAUCACAGAGGUAAAAAGUGUAUUAAUAUAACAGUGUUGGUUGUGCAAAACUGGGGAAUGGGUAAUAAAGGGAUUAUCUAUCUUUUAAAACAAUAACGAUUCAAUGGUAGAGUGUCUCUUUAAAGGUACAGUGUACACCAAUUUUCAUAUAACUGCAUGUAAUAGACACUACUAUAAAGAAUAAUAUGCACAGAUACUGGUAUAAAAAUCCAGUAUAAAACCGUUUAAAAAGUUACUUAGAAGCUCCCAGUUUAGCUCUGUUGAAAAGGUUAGCUGGAACACCCACCGAAAGUAAUUGUAUAUCAACAAGAGGAGACACCCCCCCCCCUUCCUCUGCAUAUGAAAAGACUCUUCACACAAACAGGAGCAAGAUGGAGUAGGUAUACAUCAGUAUGCUUCUAUAACGUUGGGCUUGGUUAGGAGUCUGAAAGUCAGCUCAAUGUUAUUUAACAAUGAACAAAACUAUACUUUCCCUCUUAAUGGGAGGAGAGUCCACUGCUUCAUUCAUUACUUGUGGGAAUUAAGAACCUGGCCACCAGGAGGAUGCAAAGACACUCCAGCCAAAUGCUUAAAUACCUCCCCCAGUCAUUCUUUGCCUUUCGUCACAGGAGGUUGGCAGAGAAGUUUCAGAAGAUUCGGAGUAGUCUCUUAUGGAGGGUAGUACUCUUCGAAAUGGGACUGGAGUUUUAAGUAGUCCUGUCAGCCUCUCAGUUGGAGCAUGGGUGAAUGUUAGAGUCCGGAGAUGCAGGGAGAGUCUUUCUGCGAAACCAUCCCGACUCAUAUUAACAACUCCUUAAGCAUUCAGCGUUGACUAGUUUCGCUGUCUGCUUUGUGCACUCAAGUUCAUGUCAGGAGUGAGGCUUCUAACCUGUCACAUAAGGGGCUGUGUUCCUGUUCCACGGCAUAGAUUCUGGUAAGAUCGUUUCAUUUAUACACAUAUGAUAACGCAAGAAGACAGGGUCACAUUGUGUCUCCUUUUAUCUGUAUAGAAUGGAGGGUUAAUAUUCCUGGAAAGGGGAUUAUUGAACAGGGGGGGACUGAUGCAUAAUAUCUUUAUUGUGUUUGGUGCUGCGUCAUGUGUGAGAUGAGGCUCUAGCAAUGUGGAACAGUCAGGUGUAGAUUGAAGCAACUUUUUUUGGUGCAGGGGCGGUCCUGCAUGGCACUCCAUGUGACCGGGUGUGGCCUCUUCAACUUCCUCUUUCCUGAUCGGCAAUUGCGGGAGAUGUAACGGUUUCUCUGUGGUCCGGGUUAUAGGAGGUGGUGAGUGCUCCGGCCAUUGGUUUAUAAAGGUGCCUCUUUAAUCUAUCUAGUCUGUAUUAAAAGCACAAGCUAUGGAGGACUAUGAUAUGUUCGAGGAUAUCCCCUCUUUAAUUAAAUCUAAUAUCUGUGUUUAUUGUGAGGUGCAGUUGUUCUGCCUGCUCAACUGUGUUCCACAUGCUUUGAUAAGAUUGCACAUGCAACUUCCCAGGGGCCAGACUGACCCUCCCGCGGGAGGGGCCUCUUGGCCGCCUGAUUUCACUGCCCAGCUGCAAGCGGCGGUUUCUGUGGUCUUCCAUGCCUUACCACGCCCUGCGAAGCCCAAGAGAAGGGAAAGACAUAGUCUUCCAUCCCACGGGUCAUCUACUCCGCUGAUGAGGAUGCCUCUGACUCUCUCUAAGACGGAAUCAGCGUCUUCUAGACCUCCGGCUGUGGGGGAGCCCGAUUUUAAGUUUAAGAUGGAGCAUUUGUGCUUUUUAAUGAAAGAAGUGCUUGCUAAUUUGGAGGUUCCGGAGCCGAAACUUGCGGAAGAACCAUCGUUUCCUAAGCUAGAUAGGGUUUACGAGGACAGGGUGGUGCCUCAGACCUUCCCAGUUCCUGUGAAGAUGGCUACUAUUAUUAAGAAUGAGUGGGAGAAACUGUGCUCGUCCUUUUCUCCCUCUACCUCUUUUAAAAAGCUGUUCCCCAUUCCGGACUCUCAGCUUGAGCUAUUGUGGGCCAUUUCUAACGUGGAUGGAGCUAUCUCCACGCUCGCAAAACAAACGACUAUUCCCCUUGAGGAUAGCUCGUCGUUCAAAGAGUCCAUGGAUAAAAAAAUAGAAUCCAUGUUGAGGAAGAUGUUUCAACUCACGGGGCGGGAGCGGCUACCUACUGGUGUGAUACACUGUCAGCUAUGGUCGAGGUGAAGACUCCCCUUGAGGAGAUACAGGAAAAGAUUAAGGCCUUAAGGGUAGCUAAUUAUUUUAUCUAUGAUGCUAAUACGCAGGUUAUUCGCCUAAAUGCCAAGACAUUAGGUUUCUUGGUUCUAGCCUGUAGGGCUCUGUGGUUGAAGUUGUGGUCUGCGAACAUGACUUCCAAGUCUAGAUUACUAUCCCUUCCUUUUCAGGGGAAAGUCCUUUUUGGCCCAGGGUUGGACUCUAUCAUAUCCACGGCUACAGGAGGCAAGGGUGCUUUCCUUUUGCAUGAUAAGAAGAAUAAGCCUAAGGUCUCUACUUUUCAUCCCUUUCGUUCGGAAAAGUCGCAAUGCCAGCAGCCGGCUGCAAAGACUGAGCAGUCCAAGGGAUCUUGGAAGUCAGCUAACUCUUGGAACAAAUCCAAGCAGAGCAAGAAGCCUGCCGAAACAAAGUCGACAUGAAGGGGCGGCUCCCGAUCCAUCUCUGGAUCGCGUAGGGGGCAGACUAUCUGUUCGCAAAGGCUUGGAUGUGAGACUUACAGGAUCCCUGGGUUCUGGAGGUUAUCACCCAGGGUUACAGGAUAGGGUUCAAGACUCAUCUGCCCAGCGGCAGAUUCCUCCUGUCAAACCUAUCUUUAAGACCAGAGAAGAGAGACGCCUUCGUAGAGUGCGUGAGUGAUCUUUCCUCUCUCUGAGUAAUCGUUCUAGUACCCCUAGCAGAAAGGGGUAUAGGGUACUAUUCAAACUUUUUCAUGAUCCCAAAGAAGGAGGACGCGCUCCGCCCAAUUCUGGACCUAAAGUGCCUAAACAAGUCUCUGUCAGUUCCAUCAUUCAAAAUGGAAACUAUCAGAUCGAUUCUACCCCUAGUUCAAGAGGGGCAAUUUAUGAUGACAAUAGACUUGAAGGAUGCUUACCUUCACGUGCCAAUCCACAAGGACCACUUCAGGUUCCUAAGAAUCGCUUUUCUGGACCAACACUUCCAGUUUGUGGCCCUACCGUUUGGUUUGGCGACUGCCCCAAGAGUCUUUACGAAGGUUCUGGGAGCGCUGCUCGCAGUAGCGAGAGCGAGAGGCAUUGUGGUGGCUCCUUCCCAGAUAGUAAGGAUAACUUGCUGCAAAUUUUCACUUUAAGUCUGCUUAACCUGCUGCAAGUUUGAACUGUCAAGUGUGUUUUCUUGCAGCAUAAUUGCUGCACAAGUUCUAGUUGACACUUUUUCAACUUGCAGCAAUUUUGAGUGGCAAGUCUCUAGCAAAAGGUAAUUUGUAAUUUUGAGACAAGUCAGCAGCAAGAGCUCUACAAGUCUUCUGCAAAUAUUUGUUAAGUCAACAGCAAGAGCUCUGCAGGCUUGCAGCAAUUUUCUGGCAAGUCAACAGCAAGAGCUCUGCAAUUCUCCUGCAAAUGUUUGACAAGUCAACAGAAAAAAUUCUGCAAGUCCUGCAAAUGGUUGACAAGUGAACAGAAGAGCUCUGCAAGUCUCCUGCAAUUUUCUGACAAGUGUCCUUCAAUAUGUUGACAAGUUGAUAGCAAGGGCUCUGCAAUUCUGUUGCAAAUCUCAGACAACUCAAUAGUAAGAGUGCUGUUAGUCUGUGGCAAAUCUCUGGCAUGUAUGUCAAUUAAGUGCAGUGUUGGUCACAAGUGCACUGCAAGUUUACUGUUAUAUCUGUAAUUUAUAAUUACAAAUUAAUAAUUUGUUAAUAUUAAAAUGUUUUUUUUUUCUUAAAAAGUUAGUUUAUGUAAGUUAUUUGUAUGAAUUUAAUUAAUUUCAGAGUUGUAGCUAUAUAUUAUCUGAGAGAAUAUACUAUGUCAGGUAAUAUAUUACUUGAAGUAUUCUAAUAUUAGGGUUAUAACAUAAAUAUCAUUAUCUCAGUUACAGUAGGACAGGCUUUAAGGCAUUCUGCUUAUACAGCCAUUGUCCGUUCUGCCCAUGUUCAAUAUGUUUAAUGCUUGUACCUCUAUUUCAGUCGUUUUUGACAGCAUUGAGUGUACUGUAAAUGUAUAAGGUCUAGUUUUAUUGUGCACAUAUUAUAUGAAAAUGCAAUCAUCUCAUUAUGUUUUUAUAUGCAUUUACAAAUAAAAAAGUCUGUUUCUUUGUUCCA